CAAUCCACCUCUUUUCUUUUGCUCUUUCUUUCUUCAAAUCAAACCACCAUUUUAGAUUUUAUUAAUCAUCCCCCCCUUUCCAUUUUCUCUCUCUGUGUAUAUAUAUAUAUAUGUUUUAUUUUUCAUUCACAAAAUACAAUUUACAAUAUACAUAUACCCAUUCUGAUAGAUUUGUUUCUUUUCUAAAAAAAAAGGAAACAUCAUCAUUUCGUUUUUGGGCUAACUAAUCCAUCCAUCCAGUCUUCCAGAGCCAGAGGGCAGGGAAAAGAAGAUAUAUAUAUAUAUAUAUAUUUGGUAGGUUUAUUUCCUCCUCCUUUUUCUUUCUUUCAGAAUUUAGAGCACCCUGAACCUGAAGAACAAAGUUGAAUCCUUUCAUUUCCAUUUCCAUUUCCAUUGAUGAGAUUUUGGUGGGUCUUCUUCAUUUGACUCUUUAAUCAAUCAGGUUUUCAACCCACCUUCAUUUUAAAUUUACCUGAUUUUGAGAAUUUGUCAUGGCUGGCAUUGAUGAUAAUGUUAGUAUAAUUGAAGAUUGGGUGCCUCCUCCUUCUAGCCCUAGUUUUUUCACGGCACCUUUAGGUGAUGAUAUCACCUCAAAAUCAAGCUCCCAAACUCAAGAGGAGAGUAGAAAUAAUGAGGAGCUCUUUCUGGGAACAUCAAACACUGAUAAAAAGGAUGUUGCACAUACUGUUUGUGAUCAUUUGACUGAGCAGAAAUCAGGUCCAAGGGGAUGUCUUGCAGAAAGAGUUGCAGCCAGAGCUGGAUUUAGUGCUCCAAGGUUGAACACACAAAGCAUCAGGUCUGCUGAUCUUUCAAUCAACAAUGAUAUUCGUUCUCCUUACUUGACAAUACCACCUGGUCUCAGUCCAACAACACUACUAGACUCUCCCGUUUUUCUUUCAAAUUCCCUGGCACAGCCAUCCCCAACAACUGGAAAAUUUCCUUUUCCACCAAAUGGUAAUAACAGGAGCUCACUCUCAGAGGCUGCUGAAAAACAUAAAGAUAAUUUGUUUGAAGACAUUAAUACAUCAUCAUUUGCAUUCAAACCUGUGACAGAAUUAAGUUCUUUUUUCCUUGGUGUGACAAGCAAAAUAACACCUGCCACUAUUCCUCAGCAAUCCUUUCCCAAUGUUGAAGUCCAUUCUCAGAACAGAAACAGCCUCAACCUUCAGGCAGACUUCUCCAGGUUAUCAACUGAAAAAGAUAAUGGGAGUAAUGAUAAUAUCUCUGCAGACCAAAGGAUUUUUGAUACUGUUGAUGGUAAUGCUGCACAUUCACCACCUCUUGAUGAGCUACCAGAUGAAGAAGGAGAUCAAAGAGGCAGUGGAGAUUCCAUGGCUGGUGCUGGUGGUGCACCAUCUGAGGAUGGAUAUAAUUGGAGAAAAUAUGGACAGAAACAAGUAAAAGGAAGUGAAUAUCCUCGCAGUUAUUACAAGUGCACACAUGCAAAUUGUCAGGUAAAGAAGAAAGUGGAACGAUCUCAUGAAGGGCACAUAACAGAGAUCAUAUACAAAGGUGCCCACAAUCAUCCCAAGCCUCCACCCAAUCGCCGAGCAGCCAUUGGAUCAUCUAACCUGUUCACUGACAUUCACUUAGAUGGCACUGGACAAGCAGGCCCACAAAAUUGUACCGAUGGUUACCCUGUUUGGACAAGUGCACAGAGGGGAGCCACUGUAGGAAACUCAGACUGGAGGCAUGAUAGCAUUGAGGUGACAUCGUCUACAACUUUAGCCCCUGAGUACAGCAAUGAAUCUAUAUUUCUGCAAGCUCCAAACGGCACACACUAUGAACCUGGAGAUGCCGUGGAUGUCUCCUCUACCUUCUCUAAUGAUGAAGAUGAAGAUGAUCAGGGGACACAUGGUAGUGUGUCACUAGGUUAUGAUGGUGAGGGAGAUGAAUCAGAGUCAAAGAGAAGAAAAAUCGAAGCUUAUGCAGCGGAAAUAAGUGGAGCCACCAGAGCAAUUCGUGAACCUAGAGUUGUUGUUCAGACAACCAGUGAGGUGGAUAUCCUGGAUGAUGGAUAUCGAUGGCGCAAGUAUGGUCAGAAAGUUGUGAAAGGAAAUCCAAACCCAAGGAGUUAUUACAAGUGCACUAGUGCAGGCUGCACAGUAAGGAAGCAUGUAGAGAGGGCAUCACAUGACCUUAAGUCGGUGAUCACCACAUAUGAGGGAAAGCACAACCAUGAUGUUCCUGCAGCUCGCAGCAGUGGCAGUAAUCAUGUGAAUUCUGGUAGCCCUAGUGCUGUAACCGCCCAAACUGCUUCUGUUGUCCAAACCCAUGCACAUCAGCCAGAGUCCUCAAAAGUUCACGGUGGCAUGGUUAGACCAGCUUCUUUUGGUCCAUUCGCCUUACCUGGGAGGCAUCAGCAGGGGCCUUCCCCACCAUUCUCCUUUGGAAUGAACCAACCUGGACUGGCCAAUCUAGCAAUGGCUGGUUUGGGUCUUGUGCAAGCUAAGUUGCCAGGCCUGCCGGUUCAUCCAUUCUUGGCACAGCAGAGGCAGAUGAACGAGAUGGGUUUCAUGUUGCCAAAAGGAGAACCCAAGGUGGAGCCAAUCUCAGAACCUGGUCUAAAUCUGUCCAAUAGUUCAGCAGUGUAUCAGCAAAUGAUGAGUAGGAUGCCUCUUGGACCCCAAAUGUAAAUUUUCCUUUUUCUUUUUAUUUUUUAGUUGUUAUGAGGAAGUAGAGGCCUUCAGUGCUUGGUUACUGCUCCAUCCCUUUCCUCAUUAUAGUAUCUCUUAUUAUUUUCUAAAAACUCUUCGAGUACCAAAAUGGUAUGAAGGGAAUUACAUGGGGUUCUCUCCAUCACUGCAGCUUUAUGAAAGCUUCUAGAAAACAGUGAGCCUUAGUGCUUUGUGUCCAGCAUUGUCCUGUUUCUUUUAAUUCAGCUUUCCUGCCCAGUGUCCACUUGCUCCAUCACUCACCUUCUCCUUCGAAAACCCUUUGAUCUGGGUUUUCAAGGGACGGUAUUAAUGCGGGGGAUGCUUCUUAGCAAUUUAAAGGAGUGGAUCGAAAAUCUAGAGAAGUAGGAGCAUUGAUCAGGAGCCUCUUUGAUUUAGGUAGCCUUUUUUUACAUGAUCUAAUAAUAUAUACUUUCUUCA